CAGAAUCCUUGCUUUUAUGCAAAUUUAGUCUCGUGUCCAGGUACUUCCGCUACAAGCUUACGUGCAAAACUUCGCCCGAAAGAUGGCGGACCCAGCCCACCCCUUCCAACAGUGUAUGGACUCCCUUGAGAUGGGAGGGGAGUCCUUCUCUUACUACAACCCUCUCAAGCUCAACGAUCCAAGAUACGAACGCCUGCCGUUUUCCGUACGCGUUCUUCUGGAGUCGGCAGUGCGGAACUGUGACAACUUCCAGGUCCACCCCAAAGAUGUGGAGAACAUUCUGUCAUGGGAAGAAGCACAGACAAAGGCGGUUGAAGUGCCCUUCAGGCCUGCAAGGGUCAUUCUACAAGACUUCACGGGAGUUCCCGCGGUGGUGGAUUUUGCGGCCAUGCGCGAUGCGGUGAAGCGGCUCGGAGGCGACCCGUCCAAAAUCAACCCAGUCUGUCCAGCUGACUUAGUUAUAGACCAUUCUGUACAAGUGGACGUUUCUAGGAGCACAAGUUUAGUAAGAAAUACACCAAACCCUGGUGGAGGGCUUAGGCCGGGACAUACAGCAUCGCGUGCAAAGGCUGCAGUACCAGCCAAAACCUGUGGGGGUGCUGCUAAGGGGUGCAAUAUCUGUCUCAACACGGGCCUGCCAAAACUAGAAGAAAUUUGUCCUUUUCAUCAACAGCCUACGGAUUGCCAAGAUGCCCUUAGCCAGAACCAGAAGUUGGAGUUUCAGAGGAACCAAGAACGCUUCCAGUUUCUUAAGUGGGGUGCCAAAGCGCUGCAAAACAUGCUGAUCGUACCGCCUGGAUCCGGUAUCGUGCACCAGGUGAACCUGGAGUACCUGGGAAGGGUCGUCUUCAACACGGACGGUACCCUGUACCCUGAUAGUCUGGUGGGCACAGACUCCCAUACCACCAUGAUCAAUGGGCUAGGCAUCCUGGGAUGGGGUGUGGGAGGAAUCGAGGCAGAGGCUGUGAUGUUGGGACAGGCGAUUUCCAUGGUGCUACCACAAGUUGUGGGCUACAGGAUAACUGGACAGCUGGAUCAACUGGUCACUUCCACCGAUGUAGUACUGACCAUUACCAAGCAUCUACGUCAGGUUGGAGUUGUGGGCAAGUUUGUGGAGUUUUUCGGGUCGGGGGUGUCCCAGCUGUCCAUCGCUGACCGAGCCACCAUCUCCAACAUGUGUCCUGAAUACGGUGCUACUGUCGGCUUCUUCCCUGUGGAUGACAUGUCCAUGGUCUAUCUCAGACAGACCAAUCGUGACCAGAAGAAGCUUGAGUAUAUUGAAGCGUACCUGAAGGCAUGUAAGAUGUACAGGGACUACAACAACUCAGACCAGGAUCCUACCUUUAGUGAGAUAGUGGAGCUGGACCUGGCUACCGUGGUGCCGUCUGUGAGCGGUCCCAAACGCCCGCACGACCGCGUUCCUGUCUCGGACAUGAAGCAGGACUUCCAACAGUGCCUGGACAACAAGGUCAGCUUCAAGGGUUUCGCCAUCCCCAAGGAGAAACAGCCCAACGCGAUCCCCUUCACGUACAACGAUACGGAGUACACGCUGAGUCACGGCAGCGUGGUCAUCGCCGCUAUCACCAGCUGUACCAACACCAGUAACCCCUCCGUCAUGCUGGGCGCUGGACUUCUUGCCAAGAAAGCAGUAGAGGCUGGUCUGACAGUGAAGCCAUAUAUCAAGACCAGCCUGUCUCCUGGUAGUGGGGUGGUUACCUACUAUCUACAGGAGAGUGGGGUCACACCAUACCUACAGAAACUAGGGUUUGACAUAGUUGGGUAUGGCUGUAUGACCUGUAUAGGGAACAGUGGGCCUCUACCUGAACCAGUGGCUGAAGCUGUGGAAAAGGGAGACUUGGUUGCAGUCGGUGUUCUGUCAGGAAACAGGAACUUUGAGGGGCGUAUCCACCCCCUAACCCGUGCAAACUACCUGGCCUCCCCCCCGCUGGUCAUCGCGUACGCUAUCGCCGGGACAGUCAGCAUCGAUUUCGAGACUGAACCACUCGGGAAGACAGCGGAUGGUAAGGAGAUUUUCCUACGUGACGUUUGGCCGACACGUGCGGAAAUCCAAGAGGUGGAGCGAAAGAAUGUCGUACCUGCCAUGUUCAAGGACGUCUACGCCAGGAUACAGGAUGGAAAUGAAGCCUGGAACAACCUUGAAGCUUCAGAUGCACAACUCUACCCCUGGGACCCCAAGUCAACCUACAUCAAGUCUCCCCCCUUCUUUGAAGAGAUGACUGCAGAGAUCCCUUCACUUCAGCCAAUCACAGAUGCCUUUGCGUUGCUAAACCUGGGAGACUCGGUAACGACCGACCACAUCUCACCAGCCGGCAGUAUCGCUCGGAACAGUCCUGCUGCGCGAUACCUCGCCAGCAAGGGCUUGACGCCGCGGGAGUUCAACUCGUACGGCAGUCGGCGUGGUAACGAUGCCGUGAUGGCGAGGGGAACGUUCGCCAACAUCCGCCUCCUCAACAAAUUCAUCGGCAAAGCUGCUCCAAAAACCCACCACGUACCCUCCGGAGAUACCAUGGAUGUGUUUGAUGCUGCGGUGAGGUAUCGUGAAGAAGGCCAUUCUGUCAUCAUCCUGGCAGGGAAGGAGUACGGCUCUGGGUCGUCUAGGGACUGGGCUGCUAAGGGGCCUUGGAUGCAGGGCAUCAGGGCGGUGAUAGCUGAGAGUUACGAGCGGAUCCACAGGAGUAACCUGGUGGGGAUGGGCAUCAUCCCGCUACAGUACCUGUCUGGGGAAACCGCCGAGUCUCUCGGUCUUACCGGGAAAGAGCGCUUCACCAUCCAGCUAGCUGACGACAUCCAACCUGGACAGACCAUUGACAUUAAGGUGAAUGGUAGAGAGCGGACGUUCAAAGCCGUGGUGCGUUUCGACACUCCUGUGGAGUUGACCUACUUCCGCCAUGGCGGCAUUCUCAACUACAUGGUCCGCCGCAUGAUCACUGCCUAGCAACCGUUACCAUAGUAACAACUGGCUCCCGUCAUCCAACAUUGCCCAUAGAAUUUGUACAAAAAGAUUGGGCUCGAUUCUCAACAAUUUAGUGGUCCGUUGAUGUUUUAGAAGAUUGACUGUUGGAUUUUUUAACCUUCUUCCUGCCGCCUAAUCCCAUAAUCAAUACAGAUUUGAUGCCAAAAGGUGUUCUUAGCUGGAAGAAGGUUAAGAAACCUCAGGGUCUGAUAGUUGCAGGAAGUCUUACAUGUAGGUGGGUUACAUUGUACAUGUAACUAUGAAGAAGACUGUGCUGUAAUUUGAUGUUGAUAGGGGAGAAAUAUGUCUAUAAAAGAUUGGUGGAGAAUUCAUAGAAACUGCAGUGAGAAAGUUUGAAAGUUAAUUUAUUCCAAGGAAAAGUGUUUCAUUCCUUUGAAAGUGCACUUCAUGUGUGAACCAAAAGGGGGAGUUUUGUCCAACAUAACUCAUCACCACAUACAUGUAAUCGCAAUGAAACUUUGGGGAGAUAGAUAGAUUAUGAAAUCUAUGUUAGGGCUAAGAUUAACUUCAGCUUCAACAGUGAUCAUCUUUGUUGUACAAUAUGAAUUUUGAAAUAGCAACUUAGUUUCAUUGGUGUCACUGUAAGAGUCAGUUUGAUUUAAAUGAUCAUAUUGGCCAAUCACAGCUUGAGAUACGUAUAACGUGACUUUCAAAAAGCCAAUGAAAUGCUAGCUACAGGCUUGCUCUUUGCUGUGCAAACCAUCAACUAUUUCUCAGGAUAGAUAUGCCUUUAAAGGUGAGCCAAUCACAGAGAGGGUUACAUGUCACGUGAUUAUGAUAUCUAAUCAAAGGACGUUUUUCAAAGUACUAUCCAAUGUCCUUUGUACAAAGCUUGCUGCUGAUUGGCUUCUUAUUUGUAGCUUUAACCAAUCGUAACAUGCAGUACAUUUUCCUUGAAUGCCAACCCACCAACUUUAAAAGUGAUGCUUGUUGCAAAACAGAAAAAGCAGACAUAAGUAAUACUAAUAGUAUUGGAUGUAUAUGGAGAUGUGGAAUAUUGUUAGAUAAGUUUAAUGGUCACUUAGCAAAAAUGUAUCCCUUACAAAGAGGAAUAAAGAAUAAUGUCCAAGAA